CAUGUAACUUGACACAUCAUAUGAUGUAGUCAGACUUCAUUUAUCCAAAGCCCUUGACUGGGUUUAAAUGCACAUUUGUCAGAUUUACUCCAUAGCUUAAGAGGCAAGUAACUUUUUGUCGUCCAGUAAUUGUCUAAACUUUACUUUGAUGAAGCCGACUUACUUUCAAAGAAAUCAUAAAGAGGGGACACCUCAGUGGCUCAGUCAGUUAAGCCACUGCCUCUGGCUUAGGUCAUGAUCCCAGGGUCCUGGGAUCGAGUCCCACCUUGGGCUCCUUGCUUGGCAGGAAGCCUGCUUCUCUUUCUGCCUGUGCCUCCUUGUGUGCUUGUGCUCUCUCUUGACAAAUAAAUAAAUAAAAACCUUUAAAAAAAAAGAAAGAAAGCAAUCAUGGGGAGAAGAGAUUCAUUGUUAUUCUCUAGGAAAUGUUGGGAUUUUAAUCUUACAUAUAUUCUGGUAGAAUUAGAGGCUUGCUUUAUAUAUAUAACACAUAUGUAUAUAAAUUAUACACAUAUAUUUGAGCUUUUAGAAACUGUGGUGCCUGGACCUUCUUUCCUGGUCUCUCUGUUCUUGCAGCGUAUAGCCCACAUUACGGCCAUGCUGCAGCAGUCCCUGGGGGGCCUGCUGCUAGAAGGGCUUCAGACUUCCAAAGUGGACAUCAUAUGGCACUGUCUCCAGACUUACGCUACAAUUGACAAGACACGGGAUGCAGAGGCGUUAGUUGGUCAAGUACUGGUGAAACCGUACAUGGAUGAGGUGAUUGUAGAGCAGAUCGUUGAGUCUCAUCCGGACGGCCUGAAGAUCAUGUAUGCUAAUAAGCUCCUGGAGUUCGUUCCUCACCACUGCUGCCUUCUUCGAGAGGUCACAGGAGGAGCCAUCUCAAAGUGACAUAAAAUGCUGUGUAUGCACCUGAGCUCAGUUUAGUGACCACCUGUCACCUCCUCAUGUGCCGCUGAUCCCUGGCUGUCCUGUCUGACCCGGGAACAUGGGAACGUGUGCUCUUCCCUAUUUGUUACCAGUGCUGUGAGGCAGGUGUCGCUUGCCUGGGUUUACAGGAAAGGGAAUGAAGAGUGGGGACGAAUCUCAACGGUGACAUUUGUGUGA